AUGGCGGACUUUAAAGGUAUUAUGUUAAUUUUGCUGAAUUUGAGCAACCUUGUUGUUCAGUUGGCAACUUUAUCUGUCAAUUUAAUAGUUCUCUCAACAAGAAAAACAAAAGUAUAUGCUAUUCAAGCCCUGAAUGCGUCAAGAAAACGAUUAAAAAAGCACCUGAAAAGGCUAAAUAAACGUCGGACGCGUAAGAAAAGGAUUUGGUGCCGUCCUGGUCGGACAAACAUUUGGUGGGAAAAUAUUUUGGCCAACCGAACGUGUGCAGAAGAGUGGAAGGAAAAUUUUAGAAUGAGCAGGCAGCAUUUCUUCGAGUUGUGUGAGAGGUUGAGGCCGCGUUUGGCUGGCCAAAAUACCAACAUGAGAGACGCUUUGCCUGUCGAGACGAAAGUAGCAGCCAGUCUCUAUUAUUUAGCAGAUGAAUCUAAAUAUAGAAAGGUAAGUUAAUUAAUUAACACAACAGCACUUAUUUUUAUUAAUAAUAUCUGUAUUCUUUUGAAGGACAUGUGGACAAUGUGUUUUUGGGACUUUGUCCAGAAUUAAAAAAUUGCUACUAGUGUUGUAAAAUCGGCCACACAAUUUGUUUGGCACAGACAAUUUCUUCUAUUAAUUUGAACUUGUAAUUUACAAAAUAUUGAAUUUGUUUCGCUAUAGAAAUCCCUUAAUUUAAAAAGUAUAGACUCUCACAGUACCAAUUAAUACAUGUGUAAAUGUCCACAAUAUACACAUAGUACUAAUUAACCUACUAUGCCUGCAUGUGCCUAUUUUUAACUCUACCAGGGGCGUAGGAAGCUUAAUUUUUUCCGGAAAAACAAAUAUAUGAUAUUUUUAUAGGAAACUAAAAAUUUUUCGGGAAAAAACCUACAUUACAGUUUUCAAAAGUUUCGUUUGGACAAAAACUGCGAAUUUUAUGAAAAUUUUUCAGGCACAAAAAGGGCACUUAGCUCCUGUAAAAAGGGCACUUGCCAAAACUUGGGGGGGCCAUGGCCCCCCUGCCCCCCCCCCGGUUCCUACGCCCCUGAACUCUACAAACAUCUGAACCAUAGAAAUAUUAUGUCUAUUAUUUCUAUGAUCUGAACAUUGGCAAUGACAUGUUCCAAUUAGUUGUUAUGGUUCUUUAUGGUUGUUUAAUACAGGUUACUUGCACUAUGUUUAAAUUUCACACUAGCUCCAAAAUAUAGGCCCCCCUUGGACCCAUGACAAUUAUAUAUUUGUAGUAAACAGUCUUCAAAUAUCUUUUUUAUCUUUUCAGGUUGCAAAUGCAUUUGGGAUUGGCAAAACAACUUUGUCAAAAAUCCUACGGUCUGUUUGUUUGGCUAUAGUAGAGCUACUUGGGAAAGAAUUCAUUAAAAUCCCUACUGAUGAGAAUGACAUAACCAGCCUAGCCAGUCAGUUUUAUACACAACAUGGAUUCCCUCAAUGUAUUGGGGCUAUAGAUGGGACUCACAUCCGUAUCAAACAACCGAAAGGAAAAUCGUCCGAGUACAUUAAUCGAAAGGGCUGUUACAGUUUAAAUGUGCAAGGAACUUGUGAUCAUAAGUAUUGUUUUAUUGAUGUGGUUAUUAAAUGGCCAGGCAGUGUCCACGAUGCCACCAUGUUUGUUAAUUCCCCCAUAUGCAAAAUGCUGAAGAAUGGAACAAUACCACCUUGUCCUAAAGUCAUUAUUGAAGGUGAACCAAGCGUUCCCAUUUGUUUGCUAGGUGAUCCCGCCUAUCCACUUAACACAUUCCUUAUGAAGGAGUAUGAACUUGGAGGAACAACUGAAGCUGAACAAUUUUUCGGGUUUAGACUUUCGUCUGCACGAAUGGUCAUUGAAUGUGCCUUCGGACGAUUAAAGGCUAGAUGGGGUUGCCUCAAGGGAGUGCUUGAUGUUGAUUUAGAGUUUGUCCCAACUCUGAUUUAUGCAUGCUUUAUAUUACACAAUUAUUGUGAAUUAAAGCAUCAAAAUUUAGAUAAUUCUACAGUUGAGGCAGUUUUACGUUAUGACAAAGAAUUCACUCAACCUGGUGUUGAGUCCAUUGACGAAUUCAAUUCACAACCAGCAAAUAGAUUGCAGCAAGUUGAGCCUUGUCCAAAGGAGGCAAAAGUCAUCAGAGACAUUUUUAAGAUGUUUUUUGAAUAA